UCUAAAUCGUUUUUUAAACGCAUUAUAUGAAUCAUCAGUUCUUCCCAUCUCCCUCCUCGAGUCUUGGUUUAGGGUUUCAGGAGUUUACUUCGUAUCCAGUCCUUGACAUGGCGGGUGCUGGAAUCCACCCUUAUCACCAGCAAUGGCCUCCGGUACCAGCUCCUCCGCCCCCUCCAGCAGCAGCAUCAGCUGCGCCUCCACCGCCUACUGUCCACCAUCCUCCUCCACCUGCUCCUUCUCAUGACGAGGUUCGGACUAUCUUCAUUACGGGUCUUCCUGAAGAUGUCAAAGAGAGAGAGCUGCAGAAUUUACUCAGAUGGCUUCCAGGUUAUGAAGCUUCACAAGUGAACUACAAGGGAGAAAAGCCUAUGGGUUUUGCUCUCUUCUCAAGUGCACGACUUGCAGUUGCUGCCAAAGAUGCCCUUCAGGAAAUGGUUUUUGAUGCCGAGUCAAAGUCCCUUUUGCAUGUAGAGAUGGCCAAGAAGAAUCUAUUUGUUAAAAGAGGAAUAGUAACAGAUUCGGACGCAUAUGAUCAAACCAAACGAUUGCGAACUGGUGGGAAUUAUUCACACAGUCCUUACACGAGUCCAUCUCCAUUUCACCCCCCUGCUCCUGUUUGGGGACCACAUGGGUAUAUGACUCCAACUCCUCCAUAUGAUCCAUAUGGAUGCUAUCCAGUUCCUCCAGUGCCAAUGCCUACUUCGGCUCCUGUACCAGCUCUAAGCAGUUAUGUGCCUGUUCAGAAUACCAAAGAUAACCCUCCUUGCAAUACCUUAUUUAUUGGCAAUCUUGGAGAGAAUAUUAAUGAGGAAGAAUUAAGGGGCCUAUUCAGCGCUCAACCUGGUUUUAAGCAAAUGAAGAUCUUGAGACAAGAGAGGCAUACUGUUUGCUUUAUAGAGUUUGAAGAUGUGAGUACUGCAACCAAUGUGCACCACAGUUUACAAGGUGCUGUGAUCCCUAGCUCUGGUUCUAUUGGCAUGCGAAUACAAUAUUCCAAGAAUCCUUUUGGUAAAAGGAAGGACUCUGGUCAUCUUGUUUCUUCCCCUAGUGCCAAUGGGCCUCCACCAGCUCUGACUUACCAGUAGAUCACGGGGAUCUUCUCUGUUUUCUGUGCUCCAACAAAUACAACUGCUACAUUCUAGGAUGCAUCUUGCAGCUGUUGCAUGCAUCCAUUUCAUUAUCAACAUCAACAUCGGCAUUAGCAUCUCUUCUCAUGUGCUUGAAUUCACAUAGUGGUAUCAUGAGUGCACCAUUUGCUCAUGCUAUAUCAUUUUGCCUAAGACAUGCAUUUGUUAUGCCAAUUUAACUUUGUAGGCUUAGAUAACUUUGAUAUUUCUAGAAGUAGCUCAUCGUCCACAGUUUUGGUUAAUUUGUGUGCUACUCCACCUCGUGUUGAACAUUGACAAAAUCAUGAUGUUGGACUACUAUUGUUCUAUAUUAGGUUGAACUGCAUCACACAGCAUA